GUCCCCCAUGCAGUGCCCCGCCUCGAGCCCCGGGCGUGAGGGGGGCGUGGCCGUGCUGUGUGUGGGCCACGUGUGUGUGGACAUGGUCAACGUGUGCCGCCGCUACCCCGCCGAGGACGCCCAGGUCGGCACCAACACCAAGAACAACAGGUAAAGAAGCAGCCGACUGGAAGCAAGAACACACACCUAGGACCAUCACGCUAGACUUUAAGAGAGAGAGUCGGAGGAUAAAGGGAAGAAUCAAGGAAGCCAAGAACACACACAAGAAUAGAAGGCUUAGCAAGGUCCUUCAGAGAGUGACGCGGCUUAACCUUAUCAGACAUGACCUUUGCCUCCUUAUUCAAGUAGAGAGAGAAAGAAAAAAAAAUUGAAUAAGUGGCUAGUGUCUUGAGUGUGGGAUUGACGACAGACAGAGACAGAGAGGAGAAAGAAACAGAUGGAGAGAAGAAGAGGGAGAGAAAAUAUAUCAUACCAGUGUCUAGUGUGUGUGUGUGCGUGUGUGUGUAACUGAUAACUAACAGAAAUAAAAUAAGAAAAAUAACAAGAAAUAAGACAAAGAACAAAAUAUCUCAAAUCCAUAACCUUUACAAGAGAGGUCAAAGAGGAAAAAACAGCAACUUAGAAACAAUAACAAAAAUAAAAACUAACUGCAGUGAUUCAGCAACUCUAAAAGGCCCACAGAAAGGAGUGUUUGUGAGUGUCGCUGCGAUGAGUUCCGAGGAGGAGAAGAAAAUCCUGUGUGUUGGCCUGUGCUGCCUCGACAUCGUCAGUAAGGUGGUGCGCUUCCCUGUGGAGGACACGGAUCAGAGGUGCCUUGAGCAGCGGUGGCAGCGCGGUGGUAAUGCCUCCAACAACAGCACCGUCCUGGCACUGCUGGGGGCCAAGGUGACCUAUUUUGGCACCAUCGCUGACUCCCACGAGAAGAGUUUUCUGCUGGACGACUUUGCCAAGUAUGGGGUGGACACAUCGCAGGUGGUGGUGUGCGGGGGGUGUGAGGCGCCCUGCUCCUGCAUCGUCCUGAGCCAGGAGACGGGCUCGCGCACCAUCAUACACUCCAACAAGAACCUGCCUGAGCUGACGGUCCAGGACUUUGCCAGGCUGGACCUCACCCCGUACCGCUGGGUCCACUUCGAGGGCCGUAACGUGGAAGCCGUGAAGUCCAUGGUGGGUCUGGUGCGUGCCCACAAUGAGGGUGUGACUGGCCCGCCCAUCACCUGCUCUGUGGAGAUCGAGAAGGCCCGGCCGGAGCUUGAGGUGCUGAUCCCCCUGGCGGAUGUGGUGUCUGUGUCCAAGGACUAUGCAGUCUUCAAGGGCUACACCAGCAUGGCACAGGCCCUGGGGGAGGUGCAGAAGGUGGCACGACCUGGUGCCAUGGUGGUGUGCCCCUGGGGCGAGGAGGGUGCCAGCGCAUGCCAGGGCCAGGGUGAGGUGGUGCACAGCCCGGCCUUCCCCCCAGCCAGUGUGGUGGACACUCUCGGGGCCGGCGACACGUUCAACGCAGCCACCAUCUUCGCCCUGGCACGGGGCCAUGGCCUGCAGGACAGCAUAACCUUUGGCUGCCGCGUGGCCGGUGCCAAGGUGGGUGUGACAGGCUGGGACCCACUGCGGGUCAUCCUCAAGGAUGGCGGGGCGGGGCUGCUGCCACCAGGGCCCGGGGCUGCUGCAGGCACCUGAUGAAGGGCUUUGGGCCUUUCAAGGCUCACCCAGGGACACUGUAGACGUGUUGUGAUGAUUGCCAUCACCGUGCAGCCGCAGUGUUCCUCCCGUCCUGGCGUCAUCUCUGGUUGGCUGGCAUUAUCUUGUCAGUCAUUUGUUCAGCAGCUGUCCUCAUGGUCACUAUUCUGGAGCAGUUCUUCUGUGGCUUAUUGUUUCCACUUGUUUCUUGCCCUUGACUGCCUCCUCUGCUGUAAACAUAUAUACAUAAACGUGUCCUGACCAA